GGCAGCGAUGGCACGCGAGUGGCUGGCGGCCGCCAAAGAACAAGUUCGUCUGAGCGAGGGUUGGCAAGAAUUUAGCCAAGAGCUAUUUGACGUCGUGCUCCAACAGUUGGCAGAAAGCCACGUUGCCUCCUUCACUGAUUUAUCUACAUCUGAAAAAACGCUCUUUGUAGAGCGAGCUGCCAGAACUGUUAAUAGAGGAAGAGCCCAUAGAGUACUCACAAAUCAGAUAAACACUUCCUUGGAGGAACAUGUUGCCAAUCACUUCACUGGGAAAACAGUGCAAAAUGAAACAGUUUUGAGUCUGGUACAAGAUGGAGUGGUGACUUUACUACAGAAGUGGCCGGGCAUGAAAUCCAAAUUAUGUGUUCUGUUCAACCAUACUUUGCCACCAGAGUUGAGAAAGUUGACCUGGCGUCUUUUCCUGUCUAACACAAAAGGUAACAGUGGGGCACGAAUGGAGUAUCUUUUUAGCCUCUCAGGAAACCUUGUCCAGUCCAGCAAUGACAUGGAGAUCUCCCUGAAAUGUGAAUCCUUGCUAUCUUCACAGCCAAUCUUCAAAACUCUCAGUGAGUCAAAAUACGCAGCCAAGGCAAUGAGCAAAGUCCUGUCUUACUACCAGAAGAUUCAACCCUCGAAUAGCUGUCUGUCGGACACAAACUAUCUCCUGCUGAUUCCAUUAGUGCAGGUCUCCAUCACAAAUACUUCACAAAGCACAACACUCAGUAUGCUCAGUACACUACUGGUUGAAGAAUAUUUAACCCUCAUGAAGUUGUGGCCAUGCCGUUUAAGGGUACAGGCUAAUCAGCAGGUCACCAGCAGUUCAAGAGAUGAGGAUUGUUUUGAAGAGGUGGCAAACCUGCUUGAAGAAAAGGACAAAGAAGUAUCUGAAAUAAUCAAAGAUAUCUAUUCUCAGCAAGGAGGUAAUAGAUCCCAGGAAGAUUUGUUGAGAGGACUGCAUAGCAUUCUCUGUCCGGUGAUUAGUACUCUCUUUGUAGGGCACCUGACAAUGGAAACUGUGUUAUAUAUCUGGGAUCAGUAUAUCCUUGGCCUCGAUCAACCUUCUUACAACUGUAUUCCAGCAUUCUGCAUGGCCUUUAUUCAUUUGCUACGAGAACACCUACAAACUUGUAAAACGCCAGGUGAGGUCGAUACACUGUUGAAAUCUCAAGCUCCUGCACUAACGAUUCAGCAGUUCCAGAAAGUAAUUAAACAACAUUUCUACACAAACCUCUACAAGAGAUUAAACAAAGAGAACAAUGGAGUAUGUUCAGUGCCGGAUCCAAUGCAGGUAGGAUUUCCACAAGCAUGGACUCUGCAUAGACUCUUCAAAGAACAAUUAGCUAAUCGAACUCAUUCAAAAGAGAGGCAUCAAGCCAGGUUGGAACAAGAGGCUAAACGCAUCAAGCAGAUAGAGAAAGUCAAACAGGAGGAAAAGCUGAUUAAACUAAAGGAAAAUGAAGAACUAAGGAGGGAAGAAGCACAGCUCCAAAGGCUGCUGGAGGAGACCAAGAGAAUGAAUUUGGAUCAAAAACAUUCAUUUGAAGAAAAGCUUCAGCAGGAGCAACAUCUUCGAUAUGAAAUGCAAAGGAAGGCAGAAGAACAAGUCAAACUAUUACAGGUUGAAUUGAGACAACUGAUGCAACAAAAUCAGCACUUCCUUGAUGUGUACUCUCUGAGAAGCUUUACAGCGCCUCCACCAUCAUUAGAGUCCAGUAGUAGCUGUGGAUUUCCUUUGCCUGAACAUCCUGUGCCUCCAGUAGAUUCAUUCAGCACAAUAGACAUUCCAACCAUGAACCAGUACCAUAACUCAAAAAAAGCAGAAAAUGUGACCUUUGAUCUCUUACACAAUCUGAUACACACAGCUGAUUCAAUUGCAAAUGGACAAGGCGUUAAAGAGAAGAAUUUUGUGAACGGGGUAACACAGGAACAGCUUCACAGUUACGACAAGGAUGUCAGAAAUGCAGAGAUUCAAGUGGACAGAGAUGAAUUGGAUACAAUUCCUGACUCAAGAGCUGAAAUAGGCAGAAAGCUAACUGAUGCAGCACAAAACAAUCUCACAAAAAAGGGUACUUUAAUCAAGUAUUGAAACACUCUAGAUCAUUAGUUACUGCAUAUCCUUUAUUAAUUGUAAUAUCUGAAGAUAAUUCCUAUCUCCCUAAUGAUGCAAAUACAAACAGGUAUCAUUUAGUUUAAUGGUUGAAUAUUAGAGGUGUAAGAGUUUGAUCUACUCCAGGAUCAUAUCCCAGUAACAGAUUUUGGUUAGGUCUAAGCUACAGCACAAUCGGAAAAUAGUAUUGGCAUUGCUUUUAAUGCAGGAGAAAGUGAGGACUGUAGGUGCUAGAGAUCAGAAUCA